UUACAGGUGAACAAGGUGAUGUCCAUCUUGUUUUAUGUGAUAUUUCUCGCUUAUCUCCGUGGCAUCCAAGGUAACAACAUGGAUCAAAGGAGUUUGCCAGAAGACUCGCUCAAUUCCCUCAUUAUAAAGCUGAUCCAGGCAGAUAUUUUGAAAAACAAGCUCUCCAAGCAAAUGGUAGAUGUCAAGGAAAAUUACCAGAGCACCCUGCCCAAAGCAGAAGCCCCCAGAGAACCGGAGCAGGGAGAGUCCACCAGGUCAGAAUUCCAGCCAAUGAUUGCAACGGACACAGAACUACUGCGCCAACAGAGACGCUACAAUUCACCCCGGGUCCUGCUGAGUGACAGCACCCCUUUGGAGCCCCCUCCCUUGUAUCUCAUGGAGGAUUAUGUGGGCAACCCGGUGGUAGCCAAUAGAACAUCAUCACGGCGGAAACGGUACGCAGAGCAUAAGAGUCACCGAGGAGAGUACUCAGUGUGUGACAGUGAGAGUCUGUGGGUGACCGACAAGUCCUCAGCCAUUGACAUUCGGGGACACCAGGUCACGGUGCUAGGGGAGAUCAAAACCGGCAACUCCCCUGUCAAACAAUACUUUUAUGAAACAAGAUGUAAAGAAGCCAGGCCAGUUAAAAACGGUUGCAGGGGAAUUGAUGACAAACACUGGAACUCUCAGUGCAAAACAUCCCAAACCUACGUCCGAGCACUGACCUCAGAAAACAACAAACUCGUAGGCUGGCGCUGGAUACGAAUAGACACUUCCUGUGUGUGUGCCUUGUCGAGAAAAAUCGGAAGAACAUGAAUUGGCAUCUGUCCCUACAUAUAAAUUAUUACUUUAAAUUAUAUGAUAUGCAUGUAGCAUAUAAAUGUUUAUAUUGUUUUUAUAUAUUAUAAGUUGACCUUUAUUUAUUAAACUUCAGCAACCCUUACAGUAUAUAAGCUUUUUUCUCAAUAAAAUUCUCGUGUGCUUGCCCUUCCCUCAGGCCUCUCCCAUCUGUUAACCUUGUUUUGUGACCGGGCUCUCGGGACCCCUUCUGUAAAAACCU